AUGCGGUGGCUGAAGUAUGGAGUUGGGGUCAUGUUCACUGCUACUUUUCUUUCGUGCCGUGGAGCGGCAGUACCAAGAUCGGAAACACCGUCUCUUGAAGAAAUUGCAAGGCGAUAUACAAGGAGAACGGCGGGCGGUGUUCAUCUCCCCAUUGUGAGGCAGGUGCCAACGGAGACGAGCAAGUUGAGGAGACGUGGGUUGACGUCUGCCAUUGGGUUGGGCGAUUUCGUGGAUCUGUAUAAUGUCCUCAUUUCUAUUGGCGGAACGACCACGCCGCUUCUCCUUGACACCGGCUCGUCAGAUCUAUGGGUCGUUUCUGACGACUGUACACAGGGGUGCUCGAGCAGCCAGUCGGCGUAUCCACAUGCUUCAUUGCAGUACUCUGGCGCCGACGGGGAUCUCUGGUAUGGAGACUCGAAUACAAUCACUCAUGCGUCGGGCAAGAUCGGCAAGGACACUGUUACCUUGGCGGGCCUGACGUUACAGGACCAAUACUUCAUCGCGGUAAACCGAACCAACGUUACCUUAGGAGAGACUGGCUCAUCUGGAAUCUUUGGGCUCGGGUUUCCCGUGAUCAGUGACGUCGCGUUCAGACUAUGGAAUCAAUCAAGGUCAUCAAUCAGCACGAAAAGACAAGUUACAGAAGACAACCCCAUCCCUCCCUCCAACAUCAAAUUGGGAAGCCGCAUCUUGCCCUCCUUCAACUUCCGACGCAUCGAAUUCCCCAUCCUCUCCGACUACUUUUCAAGCCCAGGCAAACAAAGACGACAAACACUGGCAUCCGGCAACGUCUCGUCCAGCGCAGCGUCCAUCUUCCAUGCUUUGUCCGUCUUUGGACCCUUGCUCACCCGAUUUGUCGCAGCUGCUCAGCUGACCUUGCCGAUGUUCACCGUGACGCUGCAACGGGAUGCUAUACAGGUUGGAGGGAAUGUGGGGAUGUUGAGUAUUGGUGAGAUGCCGAGUGGGGUGUCGGAGCAUAACUUGACGUGGGUUCCUAUUCGCGCAUAUCCAUAUUUGUUGCCUGCUCCCACUGAUUCCCCGAACGAGAUGUAUCCACUAACAUGGGAAAUUCCCCUCGACGACGUAUACCUAGAUGGCGUAAAGCUUCCCCGCUCAACACUCUCAUCACCUUUCAUCACCCUCUCUGCCCUCGUCGACAGCGGCAACUCAAUCCUCCGCGGUCCUGCUGACGUCGUACGCAACAUCCAAUCCAAACUAGGCAUCAACGGGCGCUUUCGCUGCUCCGAACCACACACCAUCGCUUUUUCUAUCGGGGGCCAACUCUUCCCCGUCGACCCGCGUGACUUUAUACAGCAGGUCUUUGAGAAUGAUGUGGCUAUGUGUACUUCGAUGCUUGCACCUACGGAUCCGCCUGCGUUGGGUCGGGUUCAGUUUAGUUGGAGUCUUGGGGAUCCGUUUUUGAAGAGCGUAUUGGCGGCGUUUUACUAUGGGAAUAUCACUCACCCGUCACACGACCCCCCUAAGAUGGGAUUCCUUUCGACCGUCCCGCAAGAUGCUGCGUCGCAAUUGGUGUCUGCUGUAGCGGCUGUCAAGACGGGAGAUAAUUUCCCUUAUAUUUCGGAGGUGGCACCAAGCGGAACCUUCAAACCCGCCGGAACGGCGUCUAACGGCGUACCUCUGGCCACAGCUACAGGCCGUGCUGCAGGAUGA